AUGGCCCGUUGUCGAGGUUCCCAGGCUGUGUUUGUGGCCGCAAUAUGCCUGUGCGCUUUGCCCUUUUCGACUGCCCUGGAGGCGUGCCCCAAAAACACAUACCGGAGCUCGCCAAUCGUCUUUAGUUGUGGCGGGGGCUUCGGCAACACUUACCUCACGGUGCCGGCAAAUCAGAGCGUACCCUUGACCAUCCCGGUUGGAGCGGAAGGCUUUCGGAUCACGGCAAACUCCAGCACGGGACGUGUUCGUCUGCAGCUUCGCGAUGCUGGAUCCGAUGUUGUGGUCGUCGCUCAAGAUCACGGCCUCAUCAAUGGUUCUGUCCGUGCUGGAGUCUACAAGGAUGUUGGCAUCGUUUAUUCAGGAAACUUGUCGAGCGCUAACGUUAGCCUGUACUUGCUUGGUGCUCUGACGGCUCCAAUGAAGCUAUCUUUUGCGACGACCGCAAGCAGCGGCAUUGCCAGGGUGCACCUGGCGUACACUUUUGAACGAGUCCUCGAAUGCUCUUCGCCACCUGCUGGCUGCCAUGAGUACCACGAGGAAGAUGCUCGAUGGCAGGUCCAAGUCUGGAGCCGUUGGGCGCGCUCGGAGUACCAGAACGCCAGCCGGGCUUGGCAAGCUCUAGCAGAAGACCGGGCAGAGCAAAACGGGGUGUCCUGGCCCGAGUGGCCCGAGGUGUGGUCGGUCUUCGUUGGGAACUCGAGCAUCCAAGUCGCCGGCGAAGAAUGGCAGCCUAGCUUCCGGUACUUGGAUGCAGAUCGAGAUGGCUUUGUUUCAAAGGAGGAGUUCGAGCUCGGCUUCCACGGUGGUGGCCAAGCCAGGGGUCGUGACGAGGCAGCCGUGACGAUGGAAGAGGUGAUCGGUGAGACCGAAGGUGCUGUUCGUUCCCACCUGUGGAUCGUUGCCGGUGCCACUUCCGUGCUGCUGCUGGCGGCGGUGUUGUGCUGGCGCUGCAGGUCCUCCGGGGCGAAACGAGUAGCUCGUUCUGUGUCGAAGCUCUCCCGCGACGAUGUCCCUUCCGGGCCUGGGCAGGCUCUGAGAACUGGACGUGCAGCCGCCGCGGCCAGCCUUCCGAACAAGGAGCCAUCCGCAAGCAAAGGAACCAGAGGACUUCCAGACUCCGCUGGGGCCGGCGCUGUGCAUGGAGAGGGUCUUUGGCUCUUUCCCCACAUUGGUCAGGCCUUGCCAUCCUUCCUCACCCAGGAGUCGUUCCGGUACGUGCCGCUUGCAACCCAAGAGGAGAUGCCUCUACAACAUGCCGGCGGCCAGGUCGGGCAUCCACCAUCUUCGGAGAGUUUUACAGGAUGGCAUGCACAACCGGGUUCUUUCUCCCUGCCGGCUUCAUCCGCUUCCGGUUUUCAGAGCUUCGCUAUGGCCCCGGAGUUCGGUCUUGGCCCCAUGGCCCCUUCGGUCUUCGGUCCUCCGGGUCAGGGCCAGGCCGGUCAGGAUCCGCGGCGAGAGGCGAUGCUGCAUGCGGCCUGGGCCGCCAGGCUGACGCAAGGGAGUCCCUGGUCCUCUGCUCCAGCUUCCGCCACCUCGCCCAGCAUCGCAGAGCCUCCAGUCCGCCACGCAGAGUUGGCGGGACCGGUGCAGGUAAUGCCGGCGGAAAUCCCAAUGGUUGGCACUACUGGCACGGAGGAGACUGCCGCCGACCGUUGGGGCGAUGUUGCGGCGAUCAUCAGCCCACAACGCUUCCGAGAAGAGUAUGCAACGCUACACUUGUGGCUGUCCUGCAAAGGCAGGCGCGCUCUCGAGUCUUUUCAUGAAGUGGGAGCUUUUUCUAGCUUCUUCUAUAGAGAUCAUGUGAGGCGCUGGGGAGUGAUCCUCGGGGACGGUCAGACGAAGGCCCUCAGAGCCGACAACAUAUUCUCCUUCGAUGAGUACUUGAAGGUGGCUCAUGAAGGGCGGACGCCUGUGGAUAUCGGACCCUUCAUGAACGAUUUCUUGACGAAUCCCAAGUAUGAUGCGCCGGCAGGGGCGGCUGGCUACAAGAGUCGAGCAGGGCUUUCACCACAAGAGCGGCUUCAACAGUCGUAUGACAAGGCCCAACGUGAAGGUCGAAGAGCAAGCCCUCGAUUGAGCAAAGACGAGGAGAAGUCUGGGAAAUACUCGCCUUUUCUCGUAAAGCAGGUGGAGCUGCAAGCAGGCUCCAUAGAGCUGGGAAUCAUCGCUCCAAAAAAGCAGGACUCCCGGCGGCCUAUCCCUACCAUCUUGGCGAUUUCAAGAGGCGAGCAACGCCAUGUCGCUAAGCUUUUCCGAGCUCUGCGCGCGGAAGAACACGGAUGGCAACUGCUGGUGCCAAUGCGCACGGCGAACAGUCCGGACUUCUUUGAGCCGGCCGGCCAGAGUAUCUUGGAGCAGCUGAUGAAGGCUGUGCUGGAGGAUCGGGAGAGUGACAUCAGUCCCUUUGGAGCCAUGAGCAAUGUGUUCCACCUCCUGGGCAUCAGCCAUGGUGCCGCUGCCUUGCUGUCCUUGGCCUGCAGAGUCCCCGAGCAAGUUGGCUCACUGACGCUCAUCCAGGGUUUUCUGCCGCAGCUUUGCGAGGUCCAGGCCCUGAGAAACAUGGAGAAUAUUCGUUUCUACGUCGGCGAUCAGGAUGAACUUGGCCAUCGCGAGUAUCUCCGAGGCAUCAAGGAAUCCCUCAAGGAAGCGGGCGGCCGCGCCCACACACAUAUCGUCAAGGGUGCAAGCCAUUAUGAUAUUGACAAGUUCAUAGACUUGGAGGAUCUCUGGAAGCGACUGGAGCUGGCUCGAUGA